AUGCCAAAUUCACUGGAUAGCAGCAAGACUAGUGUGGCUACUGAAACGUCUCGUAUCAUACGAGUGCGUGAUCUGCCAAUUUAUUAUGAUGCGAAAAGCGAUGAUAUUCAUCGAUUUCUUCCCCGUACAGCCGAGGAAGAGGUCAAAACCAGCACGAGAAAUAAUUGGCUUUAUCCAAUUGUUAGUCAAAUAAGACAAUCAGUUCAACAAACAUGGAUUGAUAAUAAGGAGAUACGUCAAAGAAUUGCUCGUGGCAUCGAGACGGGCGGAGCUCACACCAGAGCUACAAUUGACUAUAUCCGUGAUGACGAAACGUUUUUACCGAAAGUCGGAGUUGUUACUAUUGCUGGAUUAGGCGGUCUUCUACUAGGUCACAAAGGUGGUGCUGUACGCAAAACAUUUUAUUCAUCCGUUGCAGCACUAGUUGCACUAAGUGCUUGCUAUCCCAAGCAAUCAGCUAAUAUUCUCGAUCAAGUCUAUGUUCGCGUCAAGAACGAAUCGAAGAAUCUUCUUGACAGAACACCAGCAGUACCCACUGUUCGUAUCGCCGAAAAUAAAGAUCGUAUUUUGCACUCCGUUAAGACCGGUAAUGAACCUGUAGUCACUGUUCAAGGUGAUUAUGGCCAAGGCUCACCAGCCGAUCAACAUUUAUAUACAACACGUGGUGUACCUAACCCAGUAGUUUUAGAUACUGAAAAGAAGCUUUGA